AUGAGGAAGCUGGAGCCGUGUGAUUUUUACCACUCCGAGCUGAGAGUGAGUGUGGGUUGCUCUGUCCCCACCACUUUAAAAAAAAAAAUAAUAGUAAUAAAAUUAAACUUUUUAUGUACCGUUUUCCAGCUCUGAGGCUGCCCACCUGUCUGGUUCUUGUUACCACACGCAGGAGGUGUGGCCUGCUCUUCCAAUGUCCAAUCCGGUGCUUCUCAUAGUGGAGCAUUGGCGAGCUUGUGUACAUCCAAACUUACCCAAGCAUUGAGUCAGUGCUUUCCCAUGGGGGCGUUCGCAUCAUGUGACCGAGGUUUAAUCGGCCAGUGCAGCGUUAGCGCCUCUAGUGGCUGUAAUCCUGUAAUGCUAAUCAUGGCUGUUUCUAGGACAGGGACCACUGAGAUUGACAUGAAAAGAACGGAUGGAUGAUUUAUGGUUUUAAAACGAUUUUGUGAAAAAGAACCAAGAUGUGACUGACAUCAAAAUGAGCAGUAUGCUUCAACUUCUGAGAGAGGUUUUACUGUGCGCAGUGGAUUAGAAUUGUUUGCUCGUUAUUAAUCUAGUUCUCGCAACGUGCGGUUUUCCUCUGGGAAUAUAAUUUUGUUUCAAGCAGUAAUUCUCCCAAUGCUAUGGUGUACUAGAUUUCAGGUUUCCUCCCCCCAUGUAAGCAAUAGCAAAGAUAUGAUCUAGAAAAUCUAUGGCUGUGUUUAGAAAUCUGGGGAAUUGUGGGAAAUGUGAUUUAAAUUUAAAAUCGAUGCCGGCUUACGUGGUCUAAUAAAUGACAUUAGAUAGUCGUGCUGGGCGCAGUCAUUGGCCGUCAUUAGUUAAUCUCAUUGAGAGCGAUUUAUUGCUACCUUGUUCUGUAUGGCAUAGAAAGUAUCACUCGUUAUCGAGCUAGAGAGCAUUGUGCCUGGGGGAACAACUAUCUAACUCUGGGGACCGUCCCAAACGACAGAGGAUGGAGGAAGCGGUUGCCAUAGUAACAGUUUGGGAAGACUGGCUAAUUUAAUCUUGGUACAUUUCCCAUGAGGAUAGCUUGACGUUUAUCUGGGUAACUUAUUGGCAGACACCAGCAUCAGACUCCUGGAGCGCUCUGCGAAGUGUGAGCCAGUGUGUGCUCACUGAGUGCUGGUCCAAGAGAUCUACUGUCUGCUGGAAUGGAAUAUCGGGCACAAAGUGAUAAUGGCUUCUAAUAAAGGGCAGUAGGAUUCAUUUACAGUAUGAGCAUGCGAGAAUGGAUGAUCCUUUUUAUUUUCAUUGGUCCUUGUCACUAUUUAGCUUAAUUGACAUCCAUGAAGGUGUCUCAGGGAAUCUCUAGCCACCAUAGCCGAUGACCGAUAGUACCAUAGAUACGAUCUACAAGUUUUCACAGUACACCAGAGACAAAGACUCUGGGUUCAUAUAGAUUACGAAGUGUAAGCCGAGUUCCAGUGUAUGGUUGUUCUGGGGGGAAUUUGAGAUGUGGACAUAUUACGCAUGAGAAUUAUUGCCCUUUUGUUUGGUUCCAGUCUAUAAUAAACCUGACGGGUUGGCACUAUACUUUACAGGAGGCAUCACUCUCUAUGUUUGCUCCACUAUAUCCCAACCACCUAGUACGUACAAUCAGCUGUUGAUGGAUGUCUCUUUAUUCUAAUAUAUACUAUUAUCUUGCUAUUUGAUUAGGUUCUAAGUUGGACCUCUCACACACCCUAUAGUCUCUUAUACAAAGCAACCGUUUAGUUGAUUUAUCCCUAUUUACUUUAUAGUGCCAAGGUAUAUUUUUGGAUUGCAAAGGUUUAGGCUUAUUUGUUGCCAUAAUUUACCUGGACAUCCAUUUCCUUAGACCAUUAUACUUUUUUAAAUCUUGGAAUUGUGAGUCUCCUAUUUGCUAACAGCAAUAUCAGAAUGCAGGACAACUCUCGGUUAAUACAUUGUAGGCAACUAUCAUAAAGCCCCUUGGUUUAACUUUUCUAUUGCUAUCAUAAUGUCUCCUGCACACCGUAAGGCUGCUCUCCUUCUAACCAGCGUUAAACCCCAUAUAAAUAGGCUAUAUUCAGUGUGCCAUUUAUAUAAAAUCUUCCAGUUUCCUGGGGGUAGCUCUCUCGGUGUGAUAGUGAUUCAUUAAUGUGGGUCAGUGUUUUAGCAGGGAUUCUAUCCUCUUCUCCUGGGAGACAUUGACCCACAUUUCUGAUAUGUUGGUAAAACACCUUGAAUUCAGUAUAUUUCAAACACCUGGCACACACCCUUCAUUACGUGACACCGUACUGGCAUGGUGUGUACACCACCUUAAUAUGCAUCAAUGGGUCAGAGGCUCUUUCCAACGUGUGUAGGAGGCUGCCAGGGAUGAUUCAGUAAUAGAUGUAGUUCUCUGUCAGGACAGCAGGGGGCACUGUGUGUGUUGGGGUGUUGGAGAUGUCUGAGGAUAUUGGCAGUGCACAUUGUAAUGACUAGUUGCAGUUCUAUGUUAUUGCAGCAGAGGGCGCUAUGUGUUGUGUUCUGCAAGUCAGCAGACCUUGAAUUCUGUCACUCCCCCCCCCCUCUUCUCUCCCCUUUACCUCCCCCAUUUUCUUUUCUGGUAUUUUUCUCCUCACUCCUGUGUUUGUCUUUCCUUCACGAUGUGCUUGCUUUCACGCAGUACAUGUCUUUGUCCCUGCUCUCCUUUUAUUCUGUCUCUUUCUCCUCAUUAGCAGCUCUGCCUUUGUUCGUUGGCCGCUCAGACGCUGCUCUCACCUUUCUGCUUGGAUAUAGUUGUGAUGAAAACGUAGUGUGCGCUGCUUUGAAGUCUUGUGUGCGCCUCUACCACAUGUCUGCCCCAGGAGCUUACACUUCAAACUAAAAAGCAGACUAUAUAAAGCUAUUGUAUUUAGUGCUAAUUUUAAAUCCUUCUGUGCUGAUUCUAUUGUGUUACCUGCCCGCCUUCUCUCUAUAAGCCCCCCGUCUUCAUAAUACGUUCUGUUACCUGCCCGCUUUCUCUCCAUAAGCCCCCCGUCUUCAUAAUACGUUCUGUUACCUGCCCGCCUUCUCUCUAUAAGCCCCCCGUCUUCAUAAUACGUUCUGUUACCUGCCCGCCUUCUCUCUAUAAGCCCCCCGUCUUCAUAAUACGUUCUGUUACCUGCCCGCCUUCUCUCUAUAAGCCCCCUGUCUUCAUAAUACGUUCUGUUACCUGCCCGCUUUCUCUCCAUAAGCCCCCCGUCUUUAUAAUACGUUCUGUUACCUGCCCGCCUUCUCUCUAUAAGCCCCCCGUCUUUAUAAUACGUUCUGUUACCUGCCCCCUGUUGUUCCUUUUGUCAAUUUCUCUCUGCUUGAUACCCAACUAUGUUUGUUUUUGUUGCAGAACCCUGAUUGGCAUGGCUUCCACACAGACCCCAUUGUGGACAAAUGGAAUAUGCGGUUUGUGUUCUUCUUCGGGGUUUCAGUGUGCUUGGUACUGGGUUCAGUCUUUAUACAUUACCUUCCAGACCUCGGGUGAGUUCUUUUAAUAUCUCCUUCUCUUUCUCAAUCUGUCUCCCAUGGCACGGUCCUUUUUCUCGCCUCUCUCUCUACAAUUUGUCUUUUUUUUCUCCCCUUCUCCAUUUCUCUACUCGUUGUCGCUCUGUGUCCCUUUCUGUAUUCCCCUUCCCGCUCUGUCUCUAUUCCCCUUCCCGCUCUGUCUCCGUUGUCGCUCUCUGUCGCGGUCUCCGGUCCCCUUCCCGCCCUCUGUCGCUGUCUCCGGUCCCCUUCCCGCCCUCUGUCGCUGUCUCCGGUCCCCUUCCCGCCCUCUGUCGCUGUCUCCGGUCCCCUUCCCGCUCUCUGUCGUUGUGCUUUCUGUCUCUUGUCCCCGACCUGCUCUCUACUGUCACUCUGUAUCCAGCUUUGCUUGUUUUCUUUCUAUCCUCCCACCUGCCCAUUCUCUGCUGUAAAUGCAAUAAACGGUCGCAUUACUCAGAAUAUUCCCUCAGCCUCAGUUUCCCAGUCACUUUGUCAUGUCUGAGGGCGAAUAUAUUGCAGCCAUAAGUCUCCUUCUGACAGGAACUUGCUCUGUGUCCUUUCUGUGCCGUGAGAAUGGCAGAGACAGACGGUCCCGAGCCCCCAGCUGGGGAGGGAGACUCCCCGAUGGACCUGUGUGGCUGCAGCGGUUCUAUAAAUAGCAACUAAUUGCUUGUUGAGGAGCUCGAUCUGUUCGCCCCAGAGCGGGGACAGAUGGACUGUCACUGUCACUUCCAUCAUGAUAGAGACAUGGGGACUUGUCCUGGGAGUGAUUAGUGUAAUUAGAGCAGGUGAGCGGCCCUUGCACUCCCAGGAAGCCAGGCUCCAGCAUGUCCGCACACUUCCUGCGGGAGAUCUUUUUAAUGAGCUCAGAUUAAUUAUUAAUUUCAACGCUGAGCAGAGAGAGUGCAGCCUGAUCCAGCCGUCUCCCUCCUCCCAGCGUGCAGACUGUACUGUGCAAACAGCAGCCGUACAGUUUGCAUCUCACGCUGUAUCGUAUGUUGUAUUGCGCCACUCUCCUGCAUCCCUGAUAUAACCCUGCCCCGUGUUACAUGCCCUCGCUGCCCUGAUAUCACCCUGCGCAGGGGUCAUGCAGCACGCCAAACGCUGUUACACGACCUCACUGCCCUAAUAGCACCCUGCCCCGCUUUACACGCCGCACCCUAUGUUACACCCUCCCGCUGCCCUAAUCUCACCCUGCCCCGUGUUACACCCUCCCGCUGCCCUAAUCUCACCCUGCCCCGUGUUACACCCUCCCGCUGCCCUAAUCUCACCCUGCCCUGUGUUACACCCUCCCGCUGCCCUAAUCUCACCCUGCCCUGUGUUACACCCUCCCGCUGCCCUAAUCUCAUUCUGCCCUGUGUUACACCCUCCCGCUGCCCUAAUCUCAUUCUGCCCUGUGUUACACCCUCCUGCUGCCCUGUGUUACAUGACCCCACUGCCCUAAUAUCACCCUGUCCUGUUACACGCCCCCCGCUACCCUAAUAUCACCCUGCCCUGUGUUACACGACCUCACUGCCCUAAUAGCACCCUGCCCCGCUACCCUAAUAUCACCCUGCCCUGUGUUACACGACCUCACUGCCCUAAUAGCACCCUGCCCCGCUUUAUACGCCGCACCCUAUGUUACACCCUCCCGCUGCCCUAAUCUCACCCUGCCCUUUGUUACACCUUCCCGCUGCCCUAAUAUCACCCUGCCCUUUGUUACACCUUCCCGCUGCCCUAAUAUCACCCUGCCCUUUGUUACACCUUCCUGCUGCCCUAAUAUCACCCUGCCCUUUGUUACACCUUCCUGCUGCCCUAAUAUCACCCUGCCCUGUUACACGCCCCCCGCUGCCCUAAUAUCACCCUGCCCUGUGUUACACGACCUCACUGCCCUAAUAGCACCCUGCCCCGCUUUAUACGCCGCACCCUAUGUUACACCCUCCCGCUGCCCUAAUCUCACCCUGCCCUUUGUUACACCUUCCCGCUGCCCUAAUAUCACCCUGCCCUUUGUUACACCUUCCUGCUGCCCUAAUAUCACCCUGCCCUUUGUUACACCUUCCUGCUGCCCUAAUAUCACCCUGCCCUUUGUUACACCUUCCUGCUGCCCUAAUAUCACCCUGCCCUUUGUUACACCUUCCUGCUGCCCUAAUAUCACCCUGCCCUGUUACACGACCCCGCUGCCCUAAUGUCACGCUGCCCUAAUAUCACCCGGCCCUGUGUUACACGACCCCGCUGCCCUAAUAUCACCCGGCCCUGUGUUACAUGACCCCGCUGCCCUAAUAUCACCCGGCCCUGUGUUACAUGACCCCGCUGCCCUAAUAUCACCCGACCCUGUGUUACACGACCCCGCUGCCCUAAUAUCACCCUGCCCUGAGUUACACGACCCCACUGCCCUAAUAUCACCCUGCCCUGUGUUAGACUUUGCUGCCCUAAGUUAGUAUGCUGUGUUGGCCAUCAUGUUAUACUCCACAACAUCAGACGUCACCCAACCCCACCCUCCCCAACACCACACAUUGCACUCGCUACGCAGUUUGGGCGUGAUCUCAUUAGAGGUCCCUGAUCCACAUGGCAGAUAAACUGCCUGCCUGUGCACUUCGUGUACUGUGAGCCCAGAGAGCCACCUGCAUUACACAUAGUUGUGAGCCCAGACCACGGACAGUCACCUGCAAAUAAUGUGGACAGUAGUCAGCCUUUCAGGAUGAUUACAGGCCCUUCCUGCACCCAUGGAGCUAAUCUCUCUAUCCACAGCUCCUGUUUAUUUUCCUUCCUUUUCUUAUAGGAAAGGGUCUCUUCCUAUUUAACACCCCUUGUUCACACCUCCCCCGUCUCAGUCUCACCUCUGCCUCCUCUCUGACAGGAUGAGACAGUGGGCUCGCAGAGAAGCAGAACGACAGCUGAAGAGGAGAGAGGCUCUGGGCCUUCCCCCCAUCGACUACAACUACUACGACCCUGACAAACUGGUCCUGCCAGAGGAGGAGUGA